AUGGCGACCUCCGACGGCCACGCCGAUCCGGGCAUCGAUAAGCGGGACUUCGAUGCGAACCGGCCAUUGCUUCAAGAUGGACACGAGAGUGAACACGGACAGCAAUGCCCUUGGAAUAGACAUUCGCGAACAGUGUCGCACCGUUCUCGAGCUUCAGGUGCCAGCCAGGGCUCUGCCAGUAAUGAUGGCCUACUGAGUAAUGUUGUUGAGGGCAUUGUCGAGCGCGACCGUCAGAAGAUGCAUAAAGAAGCAGUGCGGGUGACGAGCUUCGUCUGGGGGAUAAUAACCUGCCUAGGCGCAGGGAGCAUCACCGCAUUUUCUCUUUACGGACAUCUAUUUCUUACCCGACUUCACUACUCCCAACUCCAGGUCAACGCGGUCUCCAUCGCAGCCGAGAUUGCGAUGUAUCUCCCUGUCCCUCUGUUCGGAUUCCUAUGCGAUCGAUAUAGUCCAUCGCCUUUGGCCUUGGGAUCUGGAUUUGUGUUUGGUCUGGGUUAUCUUCUCGCUGCGAUAACCUAUCGAAAUGGCCCGCCACAGGAUAUUGGAGGCACAGGAUUGCCAUUCUGGGUGAUGGUUGUGUCAUUCAUCCUCGUCGGUAUGGGGACAAGCUGUAUGUAUCUCGCUGCCGUGGCGACAUGCGCAAAGAACUAUGGCCGCGGAAAGCAUAAGGGAAUUAUGCUGGCCAUGCCUAUUGCUGCAUUUGGCCUGAGUGGAAUGUGGCAGAGCCAAAUUGGAUCUUAUGUUCUCUGCGAGCGAAAUUCUGAUGGCAACUGUGGCGACGUGGAUGUCUUUCGGUAUUUUCUCUUCCUAGGAGUGAUGCUCUUGGUCAUCGGGAUCGUCGGCACAUUUGCUCUACGCAUAGUGGACGACGAAGAAGAUAAAUAUAUCGAUGAGACCGUGGAAGAGUUGGAGCGCAGCGGUCUACUUGAAGAGAGCGAUUUCUUCCGACCUCAUAACGAAGUGAGAUCUGCUGUUGAAUAUGGCACAUUCAACGCUGGUGCUGGCGAGCAAGGCUCAAUGACACUAUCAGAAGAAGAGCGAGAAGAAAGAAGACGCGAAAAAGAACGCGAGGAAGAAGAACGCCGCAAGAAGAAUUGGCUUCUUAACUAUGAAACACGCAUCUUUCUUCAGGACCCAACAAUGUGGUGGCUGGCUGCUGGAUUCUUCCUUGUGACGGGUCCAGGCGAAUCUUAUAUUAACAACGUUGGUACUGUCAUUCCAACCCUUACGCCCAGAAACUACGCACCGGAAUCUGUUCCACCCGCGGGCCUUCCAUCAACACAUGUCAGCACAAUUGCAUUGACAUCAACAAUUGCCCGGUUGCUCACCGGAUCUUUGUCCGACUUCUUUGCACCUGCAGCAACACAUCUAUUCCCUCCGAUCCCAGAAGAUCACCGGCAUCGAUCUGUGGCCGCCGCAGAUGGUGAAUCACGCCCAACGCUCUCGCGAAUGGCAUUUCUCCUCCCUUCAGCACUCUUGCUCUCUCUCGGAUUCCUCAUUCUCUCUACUCCUAUUCCCCUGAAAGAGCCGUCCAUUUUUCACCUUACCACUGCCCUCGUCGGAUUUGGGUAUGGGAGUGCCUUUUCUCUCACUCCGAUAUUAAUCUCCGUCGUCUGGGGGGUUGAGAACUUUGCCACAAAUUGGGGUAUCGUUGCCAUGAUGCCUGCUCUUGGUGCAGCACUUUGGGGUGUGGUUUACUCCAGCGCCUACCAAAACGCGCUGAAUGAUGGCUCUGGAUCACCUGAUGGUCAGUGCCAUGGCUGGCGUUGUUUUGGUUAUUGGGCGACGGGUUGUACUGUCAGUGUUUGGGUUGCCGUCGUGGCUCUAUUGGCUGCCUGGCGAGGAUGGAAACGCCGAGGAGUCGUCGUAUAG